AUGGUCGAUCCUUCUCUCUCGUUCGCUGCUGAGCUGAAGAUUGUCAUGUCGGAUUCGAAUCGUGGACGGGGUCGAGGCCGCGGUGACGGAGGCUCCCGUGGAGAUCGCGGCGGCAGUCGUGGUCGAGGAGGUGGUGAGCGUGGAGGUGACCGUGGCCGAGGAGGUAGCUUCCGUGGUGAUCGCGGUGGCGGUGGUUUUCGUGGUGAUCGAGGCGGCCGAGGCGGUGGCGGAUUCCGUGGCGGCCGAGGUGGGCAUCAAGACGCCGGCCCGUCAAUCUAUAAGCCAGAAGGUGGUGUCCCAGCCCCGGACAAAUCCAUCACAGCACUGGAAGACAAGUGGGCUCAGCGCGCAGGUAGUAUUAGCGUCACUGAGCUCACUGAGCGAGCGGGCAAGCUGGGUAUCACCUCGUCAACGCUUGAGACUACACAGGCCACGGCCAUUCUUCCGCAGCGUCCUGCCUACGGCACGACUGGCACACCCGUGAUUCUUUGGGCCAACUACUUUAGCAUGAACGUCAACUCCCAAACACUUUUCAAAUACGCCCUGAAGGUCAAGAGGUCCGGAUCUGAUGGAGAAGUCGUCGGCAAGUUGCUGCGGACUAUCGUUCACAAGGCCUUGGAUCAAGUUGCUCUCCAGAAUCCGAAAAACAGAAUCGUGUCCGAGUUCAAAGCCAAGGUCGUUUCGCAGGGCAAGCUCUCCCUCCCACCUGGCGGCGGUCCUAUAUUGGUGGAGCACACAGGCAGAAAACGAGCCGAGGAAUACCAAGUGACGUUCAGCCCGCCCGAGGACAUUGACGUCGGAAAGCUUGUGGAAUGGCUGAGGACCAUGAACGACCGCCUGGACGACAUUGUACCGACUUUCCCAAAAUUUGCGUCCACGAUCGACGCCAUCGGUAUCAUUAUGGGCCAUUACGCCCGUACCUCAGCCAAAGUAGUGCCCCUUGGCGCCUCGAGCGCCAGGUUCUUCCCUUCGGAGGCUAAUAGCCUGAGGGAGUUUGCCCAAUUGUCGGCAAUGAAGAACCUCGUGCGCGGCUACUUCUCGAGUGCUCGCCCAGCCACUGGGCGCCUGCUUUUAAACGUCAACGUUACCCAUGCAGUUUUCCAGCGCUCCGGCAACGCGAUGGAACUGAUCAGGGCGCUGCUCAACGAAUGUCGAGUCAGGGAUCUCGCUUCCCCUGCGCUCCGAGCGGCAUCACGGAAGAUUGCCAAGUUGAAAAUCGAAGUGACCCUCUUCGAUGCGAAAGGACAGGCGUGUGGAGUCUCGGAACGAUCGAUUAUGGAGCUGUCUCGGACGACCGCCGGUGCUACCAUGUUCAAACUCGACAAGCCUAAGGAUGCUCCCGCAGAGACAUGGGCGGACGGCUCGCCGAUUCAGUACGGCGGCAACAUCAGCGUUGCCGAAUAUUAUCGCAGAAAGUUCAAAAAGACGGUGGAUGAUCGUCUACCUCUCAUCGUCACCGGCAGCCGCAAAAGGAAGCUUUAUUUCCCCUCCGACUUUUGCCGUAUUUUACCUGACCAGUGUUCUAGCGGCAAGCUCUCGGCUGGCGAGGCGUCUGCGAUGAUAAACUUUGCUUGCAGGUCCCCGGCACGCAACGCAGAAUCGAUAGCUAGAGUUGGCGCCGAGACCCUCGGAAUAUCUGGGGCCGUCAACGAGAUUCUGAAAGCAUUCGGAAUCACUGUUGACGCAAGCCUGAUCACGGUGCAAGGCCGAGUAUUGGCCGCUCCCUCGCUUGCGUACCUCAAUAAAACGAACAAGAACCAGAUUGUCACCGUCCGAGAUGGAUCCUGGAAUCUCCGUGAUCUCAAGGUCGUCAAAGGCGGUACAGUACCUUCCUGGGCUUGUCUGACGGUUCUUGACCCGAACGAUCGCCAUGGUGGGGUCAACUUUAACGACGUUCAGGUCACCAUGUCGGCUUUUGUUCAGUUUUUGAACCAGAAUAUGGGUAUCCGGAUACCAGGACUUACCAACCCUGGUGCUCAACUGAAGAUCUGCCAAUUUCAGGAGGGAGCCGAAUACAAGACCAUUAGGCAAGGUUUUGACCAACUGAAGGGCCUUAAGCCGAUGAUGGUCUUUGUUAUUCUUCCGGACUCGAAGGAUGCUGCUGUAUACAAUGCGGUAAAGCGCAUUGCUGACAUCGACUUGGGAGUUCACACGGUGUGCAUGGUUCGCAAGAACCUCUUCAAGAAUGGACCAGGCCAGAACCCCCAGUACUACGCCAACGUCGGUCUCAAGGUAAACCUUAAAGCUGGCGGCAUCAACCACAAAUUGUCCCAAGACAUCCCGGCAAGCAAGGGGGGAAAGGCUAUGUUCGUUGGCUGGGACGUGGUUCACCCGACAAACCUCGGCGUCGAUAGGGAUUCCGGGCUUCCCAGUGUUGUCGGCCUCGUUUCGAGUAUCGACGAGCAUCUUGCCCAGUGGCCGGCUGUGGCCUGGGCCCAGAAGGGCGGCCAAGAAAUGGCAGACAGCCGUCUUGAAGAGCGGUUCGGCUCGCGCCUUGUUCUUUGGCAAAAGCACAACAAAGGUCGACUGCCGGAACGAAUCAUCAUCUUCCGUGAUGGAGUCUCCGAAGGUCAAUUUGCAACAGUCGAAAACACGGAGCUUCCGCUCGUCCGUAAAGCUUGUGCCAAAGUCUACGGCAACACGCCGAAGCCCAAGAUCACCAUUGUGGUUUCUGUAAAGCGCCACCAAACCCGCUUCUUCCCCACCAAUGAGGCGGAUAUGUCACGCUCAAUGAACAACAAGUCGGGCACCGUGGUCGACCGCGGCGUCACCGUCGCUCGCUACUGGGACUUCUUCCUACAGUCGCACGACGCCCUGAAGGGAACCGCCCGGCCCGCCCGGUACACCGUGAUCCACAACGAGAUCUUCCCUACCGUCAAGGGCACCAACGCGGCCGACGAGCUCGAGAGGCUGACACACAGCCUAUCCUUCCUGUUUGGUCGCGCCACCAAGGCCGUGUCGAUCUGUCCCCCAGCGUACUAUGCCGACAUUGUCUGCACGCGCCACCGGGCACACCUCGGCGAGCUCUUCGACUCGGUUAUCACGGGCGGCAGUGUCGUUAGCGGCCAGACGGGCAGCAGCGCCUCGAGCAACAACGAGCAGCAGAUCCUGGCCAGGGCUGAUGCGCUAAAUGUGCACCAGAACCUGGUCGAUAGCAUGUACUGGAUCUGA